UGACUCGCCCUGCAACAUGGGCAGUAACGUGCUUUCAGGGAGGAUAUAGUAAACAAUUCACAAUAUCAUGAAGAAAGCGAAUCGUCCCGAGUCUGUCUUCAGGAAUAAUCUGCUGUUUGAAGCUUCGGUGUGAUUUAUUGCAAGGCUUUGCGGUUUAUGCAUUUAAACACAUGUAACUUACUGAUGUACUGAUGAUGACUGAGGGCACUUGAUGGCACACAAAAGACACAAGUUAUUUCGAGUCGUUUUGAGCUGUGAUCAACUGAACAGUGAUGCUCUGUAAGUGACAUCGCUGCUAUUCCUCUGCAAACAUCAUUUCGGAUCAGUCUGACGUUUCUGCAUCGAAACAAAUAAGCUGGGCUGUCAGAGAUGGACGGCAUCGGGAACACCAUGCAGAAGAAGGCUGCUGAGCUGGAGCGCAUGGCCGAAGUCCUCGUUACAGGAGAACAAUUACGGCUACGGCUCCAUGAAUCUAAGGUAAUUAAAGACAGGAGGCAUCAUCUCCGCACCUAUCCGAAUUGCUUUGUGGCCAAGGAGAUCGUUGAUUGGCUAAUUGAGCACAAAGAAGCAUCUGACAGAGAUACUUCCAUCAAGAUCAUGCAGAAACUUCUUGACCAGAGCAUCAUUCACCACGUUUGUGAUGAGCACAAGGAGUUCAAAGAUAUGAAGCUGUUCUACCGUUUCAGGAAGGAUGAUGGAACCUUUCCACUGGACAGCGAAGCCAAAGUUUUUAUGAGAGGCCAGCGGAUAUAUGAGAAGUUGAUGAACACUGAAAACACCCUGCUGCAGACGCGUGAAGAGGAGGGAGUGACGUAUGAGCGGACGCUGGUGGCCUCAGAGUUUAUAGACUGGCUCCUGCAGGAAGGUGAAAUGCCCACCAGAGAGGAGGCUGAGCGGUUGGGACGCAGAUUGCUGGAGCAUGGCAUCAUUCAGCAUGUUUCUAAUAAGCACCAUUUUGUGGAUGGCGGACUGCUUUACCAAUUCAGGAUGAAUUUCCGGCGGCGACGGCGGCUGAUGGAGCUUUUGAACGAGCGUUUUCGCAGCAUACCGGAGAACCACGACAGCCCUUUCUGUCUGCGCAAACAGGGCUCUGAGGGGGGAAACACCAGCUUCCUUUCAGUAAGCCCCACUAAAGAGAUAAAGGUGGUGUCAGCAGUACGGCGGAGCAGUAUGAGCAGUAGUUGUGGCAGCAGCGGUUAUUAUAGCAGCAGCCCCACACUCAGCAGCAGCCCCCCUGUGCUCUGCAACCCAAAGUCUGUGCUAAAGAGACAAGUGAGCCCAGAGGAACUUCAGACUCCUGGUGGACCUUACAUAAAGAAGACAUUCACAAUUGUGGGAGACGCAGUGGGCUGGGGAUUCGUGGUGAGAGGAAGUAAACCCUGCCACAUCCAGGCAGUAGACCCCGGCGGACCCGCUGCAGCAGCGGGAAUGAAGGUGUGUCAGUUUGUGGUGGCAGUUAAUGGAAUGAAUGUGCUGAAUCUGGACUACAGGACUGUCAGCAGCCUCAUCCUCACUGGCCCCAGAACAGUGGUCAUGGAGGUUAUGGAGGAAGCAGAUUACUGAAGACAGCCACUCUUUAGUGUUUCUGUUCUUCUCUUGUUUGCUUUUUCUCUUAGCUGGACUUUCUUCAGUGAGUCAACGUUCUGUUUAAUGGAAUGUUCAGAGUAGUGAACUCUUGAUUCCGUUCAUCAUUUUGAUUCAAACCAUUAACAUGACACUAAUCCAUGCUUUGGAAUCCGUGCCUCCCAUUGGCUCCUCAUUGACUGUUACCGGUCCAUGUCAGCUAAGGCUGUACCUGGACAGAUGAUAUGGGAAAAGCAGCUGCCAAAUAUCAUUUUUAGCAGAACCGUAGCAUUUAAAACACUCUUGGUAGGUUUGCAGAACCGAUGCCAAACUAAUAUAUGUGUGCCAUUCAGGUGAGAGCAUAAUUCAGUGCUCUUUUUCUACUGUUUCAUCAUUUAGAGUUUAGGCUGUGAGAUUUGGAGAGUAAAGGAAUACAACAUUGUAUCAGGCAUUUUAUGACCUUAGUGUGGUUCGUUUAAAAUAACUCUUUUAUAAUUCCUGUCAUGCUUGCCGGGAGUUAGUAAAAUAAUACAUAUUGAUAUAUCCAUCCGAAUUCAGGGAACAACCAACAACAGCACUUACAGACUUUAGGUGAAAGUUGAGAGUGAAUGUUUAAAACGCUACGCACAUCUGAACGAUGCUGUUGUACUGUAACUCAUGUCUUGAUUUAAAAGUAUCUUGUGAAAGUAGUUUAAAGUUUCUGUCUUUUGUCUAAAUGCCAUCAAAAAGGCAAGUAGUUACCUGUAAAAUGUAACAACUAAUAUUAUAUGACAAUAUUGAAAAUAUCACUUUAUAAGAGUUACGGCAGAAAUAUACUUUACACAAGUUUGUAAAUGCAGACGAUUGAAUAAUAACGUGCAUUAUUAUUCUGGAUGUGUUUUUAUUCAGGAAAGUUGCUAGCUAGCUUAGCGAUUAUCUUCAAACCUUUAAACUGCUGGUCCACUUUGACAGAGGUUGAUAUGAAAGAGAAAAGUGAUCAUAAAAAAAUCCUAAUUAUAAAUUGCAGUCACGGUCAGAGACAUUUCGGAACACAGAGUUUGUGUGUCUAUACGAGUCUGCUUUCACAUAUUUGCGUAGAGUAUUUUUCGGGACUUACUGUUUUAACUUGAAAACUUACUGCCAUGAAAAAUUUUGCAUAGUCAUGUAGUGUGUUUAUAGAGUAAAUCAGUCAAUAAGACAAGUCUAUGAAUUCACUCACCAAAUUAUGUAACUAGUUUAAGACAUACAUUUGUAAUUCUAUCUAAGGAUUUAUUAGACAAAUUGGAAAUAUACAGUAGUGCUGUAUAUGCAAACUCCUAUAUGCAUGUGUAUUGUACAAAGCAAGCAUCUGUGUAAGAAUGAAGAUAUGUCAUGACACAACAUGAUAUCUAUAAUGUGCUCAUCUUCCACACAUUCUUUCUUCUCUGUGGAUUUUUUUUUUUUUUUGCAGGUUGCUUAUUGUGCAGUUGUACUCAUUUGUAUUGAUGAGAAUGACAAAUAACAGUCACAUGAUGAUAUUUUGUUCUUAAUUGAAGUAGGCUUGAAUCUUCUGCCUUAAUGACCUGUAUUGUGCUGCUAAUUCUCACGGCUGGUCAUGUAACAUCUGAAAAGUCCUCUUUUAAAGACGGUAUAGGUGAAGAUUUUGGAGGUGAUCAUGACAAUCAGCAUCAGAGUAGUCUGCUAAAUACUGGGCCAGAUAUGUGCCACAUCUUCCUCACUGCCGGGAAGUCUAAGCUAAUCUAAUAAUCUUAUAGUUCUUCUGUCUUCUGUUCUGAAAUAGAAUGAAAAGGAAAGUUUCAUUUAAAACGUAAGUUCAGUGCAGCUAAGUUCAAUGCACGUGUGUCUGUUUAAAGGGAUAGUUGACUCAAAAUUAUGUCCUCAUUUACUCACCCUCAAACUGUUCCAAACCU